UCCCGGCGCCCACGGCUUAUAUAGUGGGCUUGGGAGCCCGUUCGAACCUGUUUCGCUCUCUCGCCAUAUUCGUCAGAUCCCUCUUCCCAGCACGGCACUUUUGGGCUCUACUUCGUCUGAACGAUCGCCCUGUUCCCCCUAUAUUAACAUCGGGCACCCAUCGACGCCUCACUUCAACAACAGCCACCCAGGUCAACAACAACAAGCACAGACACUUACACGCACGCACCGUCUCUGACACAUACAAAUACCUACCGAUACAACGUCACGCUACUUCUUACCACACAGACAACCUCCUCCCUACCAACUUCCACAUUCAUCUCAUCACACCGCAUCUUGUGUGUGCUCAACAUGUUCGGCCGACAACAACGAAGGACGACCCAGUUCCCCAAGCGGAGCAGCUCAGGCUAUUCGUGGCCCGAGAGCGAUAGUGAGGACGACAUCGUCAUCCGGCCUUGUGCCCCGAACGAGAAGUCCGACGCCUCCGUCACCAUGACCGAGUACGCCCCGGCGCCAACCGCCGCGGGAGCAGAACAGCCCGUAGGCAACCCGAGACCCUCCCUGACCGGCCGCCGCUCCUCCGCCGAGGACGCCGACCUCGAGGCCCUCUGGGAGUGCAUGCUGGAGCUGCAGCAAAAGUACCACUGCUAUAACUCGACGCGCAUGGAGAUUGCGGCCGACCGCGAGGAUGCCAUGGACAUGAUGCCUACCAAGUGCUGCAUGGACAUGCUCAACGACUCCAUCGAGUCCCUCCCCGAGGAUGGCUGGAAGAAGCUUAGCAAAUUCCUCGUCACUGACUUCGACACUUGCCAAAAGUCGCAAAAGUGGAAGUUUUGGAAGCACGUCUGAGGGCGACCUUUCUGCUUGUUCUCGGGUGAUCCGAUCAUUGGGGUUUUUUCUUCCCCCUCCGCCCUUUUCUUCUUCUUCUUUAGCGACGCGAAGAGCUUCUGGCUCUGAUUAGAAUGAUACCCCCCCCUUUUUUAUUUUCAUGCAAAAAAGUCUUAUAUUUGGAUUGGGAUUGUUACGGCGUUGGUAUGCUACGGCUCACAUGGUUUAUGGCGACGUGGGGUUGCCCGGCAUCAUCCCAAAUUUCUUUUUUUUUGGUGGUAAUUCUUUUUAGAAUUCAAUUUUGCUCUAUAGCCGGUAGUCAGAUGUCAA